UGGGACACAGCAGGUCAGGAGAGGUUUCGCACCAUCACCUCCAGCUACUACAGAGGAGCUCACGGCAUCAUCAUCGUGUAUGACGUCACAGAGCAGGAGUCCUUCAACAACGUGAGGCAGUGGCUGGAUGAGAUCGACCGCUACGCCUGUGAGAACGUCUCCAGGCUGCUGGUGGGAAACAAGUCUGACCUCGUCAGUAAGAAGGUGGUGGAUGUUGCCACGGCUCAGGACUUGGCCUCCUCGCUGAAGAUCCCCUUCCUGGAGACCAGCGCCAAGAGCUCCGACAACGUGGAGAAGGCUUUCCUCACCAUGGGCUCCGAGAUCCACAAGCGCCUGGCCAGUGAGGGGGCAGGCAUGCAGGGGGAGGCCCCUGACUCCAGGGGACAGGGCUCCAAGAUCAACAGCGCCCCCGUGUGGUUGGGAGGGGAUAAACAAACUCAGGACACCAGCAACUGCUGCUGAGGCGUGGACAGAUGUGUGAUUUUAAACCAGAAGGAAUGACAGGUCGUCAUAUUUUGAUAUAUUUGCUGAUAAGAUAAAAGAUUAUCUGCUGUGAACUCAUUUUAGCUUUAGCAAUAAUAUUUGAUGUAAACCGAAUGUCUAUAACAUUAAGAAAAUAGAUCCUGAAAAAAAUCA